AUGGAAGUUAUUGAAGAAAACAUGCAAGAAGAUGAUAAUUCGCAGGACCAACAAAGGAGAAGGGAUAUAGUUCAAGAUUUAGGAACUAAUCGAUAUGAGCAUCCGCGUGAAAUUCUACGUCGCACACAUAAUGAUUUUGCAAGAGAAGAAGAGGAUUGGAGGCAAAUGAAAAUGCAAAUGAUACUACAUGGAAGAGAAAUGUUAAAAGAAGAGAAUGAGCGUGAAAGGGAAGUUACAAAUGCAAGGAAUGAAAGAGACAAACAAAGAAGAAGGGAAGACAUCGAAGAAAGAGAAUUACAAGAAGCAUUACGUCAAAAUAAUUAUGACAAUCGAGUAAGGCGGCGCGAACAUCAUCGCAUGAAUGAUACAGAGCAAGGAAGAGUUUCACCACAAGAAAUAGAAAUGUCAAGACAUCGACAUGAUGGAACAGGUGAAGAGGAAAGACAUGAUAAAACACAGAUUGAAACACACACUGACAAGCGUUGGAGAAGGAGAGAAGAAGCUGAAGAAUAUGUGAUACAAGAGGCAAUACAUCAGAAUAAUCAUGAGAAUAGACUAAGGCAAGCAAGAUUAAAAAGACCUAUGCCCGAAGAUAUAUAUCAGAGCUUCAGUGAAGACAUUCUUAAAGAAAUGGCGGAAUUAAGAGAAAUGAUGACUGCGAAAAGAAAUGGUGGAAAAAGGAAACUAGAGGAAGCAGUGGAGGAAGCUGGGAAAACUCCCUUUACAAAGAAAAUUCAAAGGGAAAUGAUACCAUCCAAGUGCAAUUACCAGCUUUUACUAGCAUAUUUGAUGGAAGCGCCUGUGCGAUACAACAUGUGA